AUGGUUCUUUUGGCUCACGGGUCUUUGUUGCGGUAUAAUCCUAUCAAGGACCGAUUGUGGUUUCGAUUUACAAAUACGUCACGGAAUAUUGGUUUAUUUUUGAUCUACAAAGCUUCCAUCUGUUUCGCCGAGGAAGUAUUCAAUGAUACCAGGUCUACUACAGAAAGAGGUGGGGAAGCCGAGAUGGACUUUUAUUUUUUUUUGAUCAUGAGAACGGGCACGUGA